GAGUUACAACCUUGGUCGACCAGAAUCCUUGGCAAUGCAGGAACCAGAAGCUGAAGAGGCUUCAGAGGAAUCCCCGGCUGAAGAGGCUUCGGAAGAGUCAUCAGAGGAGGCCAGCGAAGAAACUGCAGCGGAAGGGGGGGCAGAAGGUGCUGAAGAGGGUGCCGCAGAGGCUUCAGCAGAAGGUGCUUCCGAAGAAGGUGCUUCCGAAGAAGGUGCUUCCGCAGAUGCGGAUGGCGCGGCAGAUGGUGCGGCCGCAGAGGGAGCGGCGGAGGGGGGGGCAACUGAAGGUGCAACUGAGGCCACUUCGGAGGGAACCGAAGCUGCAGCGCCUGCUGCAGCUGGCACAGAGGCUGGAGCAGCAGCAGCUCCUGCUGCAGCCGCUGCUGCGGCAGCAGGUGCUGUAGUAGAGGGCAGCGUCGCUGCUACCACUGCAGCAGUCACCACAGUAGCGGCAACUACGGUUGCUGCAGCUGUAGCUGCGGCAACGACUGCUGUGCCGACCACUGUUGCUUUGGCCACUGCAGCUGGAAAGGCUGGCCACCAUCACCACGUGAAGGCAGUUGCUCCUGGCGCCACAAAGGCUGCCAAAGGCAAAACCGCGGCCAAAGGCGGCAGCACUUCUGGCUCCAGUGUGCCCUGGAAGGGCAUCAUUCUGGUGCUUUCCAUUGUCGCGCUCGUCGUUUUCCUAGGGCCUAAGCUGUACGAGAUGGCAACAGCCAAGCCGCCGCUGCCUGGCCGCCUGAAUGAGAUCAAGAGCGAGCCCUCGGACCAGCAGGUCUGGGCUUCAUCGAAAGCUCGUCAGACCUACAGGAAAUCUGUGCUGGCGGCGCAGUCCAACAAGAGCAGCAGCGACAGCGAGGAUGCUGCUGCAAAGCCAGUUCCGCGAGCGAGCACAAGCAGCGCAGGCUCGAAGGCCAAGGAGGCCAAGGAGGCCAAGGAGGCCAAGGAAUCGAAAGAAGCCAAG